AUGAACUCGAAAGUGGCCGGUCAUGAGAAUACAGUAAGGCUGUUGGGAUACCAUUGUAGCGCUAUGCAUUUUAGGGGUUCGAGAAGACAGUGAUUGUAGUUCUGUUGGGGUUACUGCAGUUGCCAUGACCUCAGAUCGUGCUGGGGAUUCACCUAACUUUGUUUCAUAUUGUGGGUCCUUUAUAAUACCCUUGAUUUUACCCUUAUCCCCCAUGUUGACAUGCACCGUUUACCCAACCCAUUGUGCCUCCGCUUCUCCAUUAUCGACCCCAGAUUCCAGUCGAAGUCUAUGAAAGGCGUCUUCUGUGUCCCGAUAUUUGGUAUUCAGAUUCCUUGACGACCCUUCUAAAUAGAUGACAACCUAAGGAGAUGCCACAUAAACGCGGGUUCAUUCUUUUUCUGGAGCUCUUCAUUCCGCCGAACUCCCAUCGAGAUUACUGUAACACCCGAUUUCGAAAGAGUACGGCCCGCGGAACGGGGGACGGGGAGAGAGCGAUAAGGGUUUUGAAACAGACCGUGACUCAUGCACGAGUAGUUAUUCCUCGCAAUUAUAUCAGUUAUGUGUUCGCCUGCGGCGUGAUUCUAUUUCUGGAAGUGCUAUCUGACAUUUGCAGGACAUGUUCGCCUCGAACGGGCUCAUGUUACCUGGCCUCUUUGAACCCUCGGUGUGCACUCCGACUAGUCCAACCAGCCUCAGCGGCGUUUUCAACAACUCUUUUACCCCUAUUGCUCAACCAGAUUACAACUCGACAUUACAAUUGCUACAGCUACAACUGAUUUGGCAGAAUUCUGAUCUCCUCAACAAUCUCCUCGGACCUUAUAAUCCUCCAAACGUAAGCUAAAAACAUCACUUUUAUUUACUCAUGAUUUACUUUCGUUAUAUUUAUGUCACCAAUUCCCGAUUCUAGGUGCCGCAGAUAAAAGCAGAACUGAUUCCUGAGAAAAUCUACCUUCCAAAGCCCAAACCUCUGUCCCCCAUCUCUCGGAAACGUCCAUCCUCAUCCAACCGAUCCUCAGAAACCCCGAGUCCAAGUUCAAUCCCAGCCAAAAAACACAAAAACAUCAGAAAAACCUUGGCUAUCGAUGCUGAAACCAACUCCCCCGUCUCUGGAAUGUACAUCAAAGACGCAUCGGAAGUGAGCAUCGACGAUCUCCAGAAGGCCUCAGAAUUGGAUGAAACUGCUUCUUGUGUCCACAUCUCAGAGGAGUCGAAGCGAAAGAUUGCUGAGAUCCCCAACGUGAUCGGGGACACCGUAUGUUCCUUGUGUAAAGUUAAGUUUGUGGACGUCUUCCGUCUAGCCAUGCAUCGAUGUCCUCGGAUUGUUCAUGAAGAAUAUCGCUGUCCCGAAUGCGACAAGGCAAGCGCUAUGAUAUUAUUUAUAUUACUUGUGGUUUGAAUUUGCCCGCCGCUCGCCCAAUUAAGUGUAAUUUGGAUAUUUAACAAGACUGGCCGAGUAUGCGGUAAAGUCAAUCUGGGCGCCCAUAAUUGGUGUACGAUUCGGUUGACAGCCGCUUGCCGACAAAGGGCGCGCGAUGUUGUCUUCGUAGCUGCGGGGGUCCCGCGUCUCGAGAGCUGCACGUCCUCUGGAUAAACACUUGGCGCCUUUCGGCGUCUUGAACAGUGGCCUCAUGCGGUGCCCGCACUUGACAUGUCCCCAACUUUGAAUCACCGCCGAGAACAAACAACUCUAAUCCUCCCAUUGCAGGUGUUCAGUUGUCCCGCCAACUUGGCCUCUCAUCGCCGUUGGCAUCGGCCCAAGACCAAUGUCGACUCGCAGUCCACCACUUCUGAAUCCUCCAAAAGAUCUCCAACCCCGGCCUUGAUCUCUCUCGGAUUCUCCACUGAUUCUCUCGCUUUAUGUUAA